AAGAAGACAAUACACCAAAAGAAGGAAAAAGAAUAAAGAUAGCGCAUCCUCCGUUCCGGUGUUCUCGGUUGCCCGACUAUGUAAAAAAAUGUCCUUCUACGCUGUUCAGAAUCUGCAAAACUUGGUGCCCUCUCAUUUUGGAUCAAAUCUAUUUUCCAUCUCCUUGCUUCUCUACUCCCACUAAAUCGGACUGCCAGCUCAACGUAACCCUACUCUUCCCUCUCUUUGAUUUUGGAUGUUUACUACGCUCUUAUGCCUAUUCUUGGUGUCCUUCUAUCAAUUUCGCAUAUUUUUCGUUUUUCAUCUCUUACGUACCGAUUUCCAAUUGUAUUGUGCUGCCUGUUCCUGUACUAUCAAAUUUCUCUCAUGUCAUUUCUAAUAAUAUUCUGUCAUUGAUAUGUGCUGUGUUAUCAGCAUGAUUUCUCCUGGAUUUCACGACUUCAAUGGAUCACUGCAGCUUUGUAAUCACGCCAAUGAUUCAAAUCCUCAUAACAUCUAUGCAUUUUCUCCACCCUUUGUCCGGAGGGGUAAUGAUAAUGACAUUCCUUUCUUUAGAAGAGGGUUUUGUCGUGUAAGAAAUUACAAGCUUUCUGUUGUUUGUGCCACCACCCCACAAGCUUCAAUUAAGGACCAUUUUGCACCUAUUUCUCGUUUGAAUAUCGAUGAUUCUAAGAACCCUUCUUCAAUUGAAACAGCUCUGAUAUUAAUUCGACAUGGUGAGUCAAUGUGGAAUGAGAAGAAUUUAUUCACUGGCUCUGUUGAUGUACCUUUAACAAGGAGAGGUGUAGACGAAGCAAUUGAAGCUGGUAAGAGGAUUUGCAACAUACCACUAGACUUUGUGUAUACUUCUGCUUUAAUUCGCUCGCAAAUGACAGCUGUGCUUGCUUUGACUCAACAUCGCUGCAAAAAGACAAACUUAUGCUUUCAGGUGCCUAUCAUUAUGCAUGAUUGUAGUAAACAGGCAGAGGCAUGGAGUCAAAUUUACAGUGAUGAGGCUAAAAUGCAAUCAUUUCCUGUUAUUAGAGCGUGGCAAUUGAAUGAAAGAAUGUACGGUGAGCUACAGGGAUUAAAUAAACAGGAGAUUUCCGAAAGAUACGGUGAAGAGCAAGUGCAUGAAUGGCGUCGGAGCUAUGAUAUUCCUCCGCCUGAGGGUGAGAGCUUGGAGAUGUGCUCACAGAGAGCAGUCGGAUAUUUUAAGGAACAUAUUGAACCACGGCUGCAAUCUGGGAAGCAUGUUAUGGUUGCAGCCCAUGCUAAUUCGCUAAGGUGUAUUAUCAUGUAUCUAGAAAAAUUGACUACCUGCGAGGUAAUUAACUUGGAACUAUCAACUGGGGUACCAUUACUUUACAUAUACAAGGAGGGAUCGUUUAUGAAGCGAGGAAGUCCUGUAGGUCCUUCAGAAGCUGGUGUAUAUGCAUUAACAAAGAGUCUAGCACUUUACAGGCAAGAGUUGGACGAAAUGUCUUGCUGAACUCCCUAAAAUUCAGGAAACCAGUGGACUCACAGGGGCUUGCUUCUUCUUCUUGUUCUAAAACCAUACGGUUGAUACUAAUUACAAAGUGUUUGUUGCUCGUAUGUGGAGAAGUGAUCUCUGUUUCUGGAGUGUUAUUGAGGUUAUCUGCAGCUGGCUCAAGCACUUCCUGAAAGGACUAGGUGCAUUUGAACAGGAAAAAUAGGUAUUUCACAGAAGCCACAGAUACAAAAUUUCUUCUUCAUUCAUCUGGAACGCCGUGCACUUGAUUGUAAUUGUUCAUAUCUGUUUAGUUGUAGAGAAACCGAAGUAUAAUUAUGAUAGUUACUACCCAAUUUGCUAAUUAUUUAAUGUUGUGGAUUAAAAUAUC